GUUUGAUGGAUUAAUGCUAAGCAGCUCCCUCUUCCAAAGCACCACCUGAUCUUUGGGGCUCGUGCCCCACAUAUAAAAGGCUGCAGUAGUGCUGAGCUCAGCUAGUCCAGCCAUCUCUCUCUCUCUCCCCCCCUCUCUCUCUCUCUCUCUCUCUCUCUCUUUCUCUCUCUGCCUCUGUCUCUCCCAUGUCACUUUCUGUCUUCCUCUCCAUCCUCCCUGUCCUCUGAUUUCUCUGUCUCUCUCUGUUUUCACUACAUUUUCUCUUUCUCUUUCCCUCUGGCUUUAAACCAUUUCCAUUUUUGCAAUCCUCCGUUGUUUGGCCUGUCCUGCCUGGAAGCUCAGUGUAUUUCUGCUCUUUUUUUUUUUUUAGCAUCUGUCUGUUCACAUUUUUUAUGAGGUUGUAGCAUCAGUUUUACAGGUGAAAAAAAAAAUGCCACGCUCCUUCUUGGUGAAACAGCCGAAGGUUCACGAUGUCUCAUCCUCCACCUACUACCAUCAACACCAGCACCACUGGGACAACGCUUACACUGUGACACAUGCCAUCACUGAGUCAGCCACCAACUUGGCGGUGCGUUUGAGUGAAAAUGGUUACAUCCAGGAUUACAUCAUCCCCUCAGUGUUGCAGAGCACAAAAGAGCCAGGCUGUGGGCAGACUGGCCUCUUCUCAGGGGCCCUGUACUCCCCAGGUGGCAGCAGUGGGGGAGAGUUCUCAGACCAUGACAUGGAGCGUCCAGACAGCCCAGUCUCCACCGCCACAGUUGAGUCAGACAGUAGCGGCCCUGAGUUGGAGGAGUGCCCCAUCAAUGACUUCCUCAUCUCUGACGGCCGCUCCCGCUGGAGACCCAGCCAGCGAUGUCCACGCAAAGGAAACAGCCAAUCAGACAGCAGCAAGGGCGGCGGCCUGGGAGACUGCAGCCCCGUCAAAGGGAAAACCAAAGGGCGCCACAUGUGUUGUGACUGUGGCAAGUCUUAUGCAACGUCCUCCAAUCUGAGCAGACACAAGCAGACUCACCGCAGCCUGGACAGCCAGCAGGCUAGGAAGUGUCCCACCUGCCACAAGGUGUACGUGUCCAUGCCGGCGCUGGCCAUGCACAUGCUGACGCAUGACCUGAAGCACAAGUGCACGGUGUGCGAUAAAGCCUUCAGUCGGCCCUGGCUCCUGCAGGGCCACAUGAGGUCCCACACCGGAGAAAAACCCUUUGCCUGUGCACACUGUGGCAAAGCCUUCGCUGAUCGCUCCAACCUGCGCGCCCACAUGCAGACUCACUCAGCCUUCAAGCACUAUUCCUGCAAACGCUGCCACAAAAGCUUUGCACUCAAGUCCUACCUGAACAAGCACUACGAGUCGGCCUGCUUCAAAGGGCACCCAGGAGAGGACGACUGCAGCUCUGAAGACUGAUUUCAAAUAUUUGUAUUCUUCAUUUCUAUUCAUACAUUUUUAAUAGUUCUAACAAAGUCAGAGAAAAGCUUCCCACUUCUCAGGCUUAUCACAUGCAUGCACCAUAAUCCUGCCUUUUGAUAUAAGCAGUAACCUCACUUUAAAUAAUUCAGGAAUUAUGUAUGCAUUGCAAUAAUUUACAUGUCAGUAUUAUUUUAUAUACCGACUAGCUCUUAAUUUACCUAAAAUGUUUUUUAUUUGUUAAAUAAUUUAUUGGGAUAUUUAUUAAUUUAUUAAAUUAUUUAUCUGCCAGUUUUGAAGAUGAUCAAUUUAUCAUUGGUUGAUGUAUUUGUGAAUUUAACAUGGUUUUUAUUAGAAACCAUGAAUUGGAUUUGUUGAGAACAAAACCCAAAAAUUAUUCUGACACACUAUAUUUCUCUGUCUGAUCAAUUUGGUGAUGACAAU